CACCUUUGGGAGUGUGUGGACUGCACUCGUAAUUUGAUUCAGCAUUUCCCGUUCAUCUUCCCCAGCCCUAAAAAGCUUGAAGAAGAAGAAGAAGAAGGGCAGCAUCACAACGUUCAGCCGAGGCUACCAUGGGAACUUGGCCGGCUGCGACGGCUGAGUCCUUUGGAGCGGAGCCGCAUAGGAAGCCACGCCUUUUCAUCACGCAAAUGGUUCUCCGCAACUUCAAGUCAUACGCUGGAGAGCAGCGGAUCGGACCCUUUGACAAGAGCUUUUCAGCAGUGGUCGGGCCUAAUGGUAGCGGGAAGAGUAAUGUCAUUGAUGCUAUGCUCUUUGUGUUUGGCAAGCGGGCAAAGCAGAUGCGCCUGAACAAAGUAUCAGAAUUGAUACAUAAUUCAAGCAACCACCAGAACCUUGAGAGUGCUGGGGUUUCAGUUUAUUUUCAAGAAAUUAUAGACCUGGAUGAUGGAUCUUUUGAAGUUGUUGAAGGCAGCAACUUUUUCAUUAGCAGAGUGGCAUUUCGGGACAACUCAUCCAAGUACUACAUUAAUGACCGUGGGAGUAAUUUCACUGAGGUUACAAAGAAGUUGAAAGAAAAAGGAGUAGACCUUGAUAAUAACCGUUUUUUAAUUCUUCAGGGCGAGGUUGAGCAAAUCUCUCUGAUGAAGCCAAAGGCACAAGGACUACAUGAUGAGGGGUUCUUGGAAUAUCUAGAAGACAUCAUUGGGACAAAUAAAUAUGUGGAAAAGAUUGAAUCAGCACAUAAUGAGCUAGAGUCCCUCAACGACAAGCGUUCUACAGCAGUGCAGAUUGUAAAGCUUGCUGAGAAAGAGAAAUACAGCUUAGAGAGCAUAAAAAACGAAGCUGAAGCCUACAUGUUGAAGGAACUGACACUUUUGAAGUAUAAGGAGAAUGCGACUAAGCUGGCUUUUGAGGACGCCAAUGCCCAUGUCGCUGAGUUGAAGCAGAAUGUCACAUUAUUGGAGGAAAAUCGUACAUCCGAAAGAGAGAAGAUUCAACAUGACUUGGAAAUGCUGAAGGAACUAGAGGGUGUUUACAACAAACAUCUGAAAACACAGGAGGAACUUGACAAUGAGAUGAGGAUCUGCAAAGAUGAAUUUAAGAAGUUUGAGAGGAAAGAUGUGAAAUACCGGGAAGAUCGUAAUCACUUGAAGCAAAAAAUUAAGAAAUCUGAUGACAAACUAAAAAAGGACUCAUCAAAAAUUGAUGAAAUUAGGAAGGAAAGUGAGGAAUCUUCGUUUCUGAUCCCAAAACUUGAGGAAGAGAUUCCGGAGUUGCAGCAACUUCUUCAGAAUGAAGAAAAGACUUUGGAAGAAAUCAUAGAGAACUCUAAAGUUGAAACAGAGAAGUAUUUUUCCGAGCUCAAUAAAGUUCGUGCAGAACUAGAACCUUGGGAAAGCAAACUGAUAGAACAUAAAGGAAAACUUGAUGUUGCUCGUUCUGAGAACAAGCUGUUGAAUGAAAAGCAUGCUGCUAAUCGGGCAGCUUACGAGGAGGCUCAACAACAAUUACAUGAUAUAGAGAAUAAAUUACACGCGAAGAAUGAAUAUAUAGUUGAGCUUCAAGCAAAAAUAGAGAAAAAUAAACUUGAAGCAUCAGAAGCCCGGAAAUUUGAACAGGAAUGCAUUUUGAAACAAGAUUCACUUAUUCCGCUCGAGAGUACAGCUAGGCAGAAAGUUGCAGAAUUUGAGUCAACGUUGCAGUCAGAGCAGAGUCAGGGUUCUGUUUUGAAAGAAGUAUUGCGAGCUAAGAAAUCGAAGGAAAUAGAUGGAAUUUAUGGUCGACUUGGAGAUCUUGGUGCAAUUGAUUCAAAGUAUGAUAUUGCAAUAUCGACAGCAUGCUCUGCACUUGAUUAUAUCGUGGUUGAAACGACAGAUGCUGCUCAAGCAUGCGUUGAGUUAUUGAGGAAGAAGAAUCUUGGCAUUGCUACUUUUAUGAUAUUGGAAAAACAAACAGGAUACGCACAUAAACUUCAGCAGAAAAUUAGAACACCCGAAGGAGUUCCGCGCCUUUUUGAUCUCAUUGUAGUCAAGGACAAUCGGUUGAAGCUGGCCUUUUUUGCCGCCCUGGGAAACACAAUCGUGGCGAAUGACCUUGAUCAGGCUACUAGGAUUGCAUAUGGCGAUGAUAGAGAAUUUCGCCGUGUUGUGACCCUUGAGGGUGCAUUAUUCGAAAAGUCUGGUACAAUGAGUGGUGGUGGAAGCAAGCCACGAGGUGGCAAGAUGGGAACAUCAAUCAAAAUGAGUGUUUCUAGUGAUGCUAUCAUUGCUGCCAAAAAAGAAUAUUCUGAGCUUGAGGAUGAGCUAAAAAGCUUGCGUCAGAGGAUCAAUGAUGCUGCAAAACGUUAUCAUACCUGUGAAAAAGCUGAAUCUCAUCUUGAACUGGAACUAGCAAAGAGUCAAAAAGAGGUGGACAGUUUUGCUACUCAAUAUGAUUACAUAGAAAAGCAGCUUGAUGCCUUGAAGGCUGCUGCAGAACCAAAAAAUGAUGAGCUGAGUAGGCUUAAGGAGUUAGAAGAUAUUAUAUCUUCAGAGGAGAAGGAAGUGAACAAACUUUCCAAAUGCUCUAAUAAACUUAAAGAUCAAGCUAUGGAACUUCAGAAUAAGAUAGAAAACGCUGGUGGUGAAACACUUAAAAUUCAGAAACUGAAGGUCUCAAAAAUCCAAUCUGACAUUGACAAAGCUGGCAGUGAGGUCAACCGGUUGAAGGUUAAGAUAGCUGCUGGUGAUAAAAUGACAAAGAAAUUGAUCAAGUCUAUUGAAGAGUUGAAGAAAGAGAAAGAAACUCUAAUUGAUGAGAAGGAAAAAAUGGAAGCUUCUUUUAAAAUAAUAGAGCAAAAGGCAUUUGAGGUCGAAGAAAAUUAUAAAAAUACUCAAGCGCUCAUUGACAAGCACAAGGAUGUUUUAGAUGAAGCAAAGGCUGAAUAUAAUAAAUUAAAGAAAGGCUUGGAUGUGCUGCGCGCAGCUGAGGUUGACAAUGAUUAUAAAUUACAAGACAUUAAAAAGGUAUUGAAAGAGUGGGAAAUGAAGGUAAAGGGUUUCAAGAAGAGACUUGAUGAUAUUGUCAAGGAUUUUGGAAAACAGUUGGAUCAGAUGCAAAGUGAUGCUAUUGAUCCAGACAAGCUUCAAGCAACUCUCACUGAUGUCUCAUCGUGUGAUGUUUUCGAUCUCAAAAGAGCAACAGAAAUGGUGGCAUUGUUAGAAGCUCAGUUGAAAGACAUGAGCCCCAACCUGGAUUCGAUUUCUGAAUACCGGAAAAAGGUGCUAUUAUAUAAUGAACGUGUGCAAGAGCUAAAUGCUGCAACUCAGGAACGGGAUGAUCUUAAAAAACUGUAUGAUGGGUUGAGGAAGAAAAGGACUAUAUAUUAGAACAUGCUGUUGAUUUUCUUUUCUUUUUUUUUUUUUUGCAGUGAGUUUAUGACAGGAUUCAACAUUAUAUCACUAAAGUUGAAAGAAAUGUACCAGAUGAUCACUUUGGGAGGUGAUGCUGAACUAGAGCUCGUUGAUUCUCUUGAUCCCUUCGCCGAGGGCGUAGUUUUCAGCGUGAGGCCCCCAAAGAAGAGCUGGAAGAAUAUUGCCAACUUAUCUGGCGGUGAGAAGACCCUCAGCUCCCUAGCUCUUGUAUUUGCUCUCCAUCACUUCAAGCCAACUCCGCUCUAUGUCAUGGAUGAGAUUGAUGCCGCCUUAGACUUCAAAAACGUUUCCAUUGUCGGCCACUAUGUCAAAGAUCGCACAAGGGAUGCUCAGUUUAUAAUCAUAAGUUUGAGGAACAAUAUGUUUGAGCUUGCGGACAGACUUGUCGGCAUUUAUAAGACUGACAACUGCACUAAAAGCAUCACUAUAAAUCCCAAGAGCUUUGCUGCAAUCUGAUCCCAGACAGGCGUUUUUGAGAGCUUUCUGUGUAUUAUAUCACAAGCUUCAUUUAAGUGGAGACAUGGCGCACAUUCACUGCAAGAAUUUUUGGUAUUUUUUUAUGUAAUUAUGUAAUCUAGAAAUUAAAGUUUGUAGUUGGUGGCUGGUAACAGUGACAUGAAAGAGUUUUCAGUUUUAUAGUUGGGUUUCAUGAAAAUGUAUGGUAUAUUCUAUUUUUUAAAGGAAAAG